CUCUUCUUUUUCUCUUUUAUUAUUUUUCCCUUUCUUCUUUUUUUCUACCCUAUCUUUUUUUUAUAUAUAUAUUAUAUACUUAAUCCGAAUUCGUAAAUGUCUACAGUUACAAGAAGAAGAGUGGCUGGUCAAGGCUCCAACUCGGAUGACGAUGACACUACACAACAUAGUCCCAUGGCUGAGAAAAAGAUAGCUCAUGACCCUCGUGACAUAGAUGAAAGUAAAUCUACCCCCAAACUCACUCUCAUGGAAGAAGUCUUAUUAUUAGGACUUAAAGACAAACAGGGAUAUCUCUCAUUCUGGAAUGACAGUAUUAGUUAUGCUUUACGUGGUUGUAUUGUGAUUGAAUUGGCUCUUCGAGGUCGAAUUGCCAUGGUAAAAGAUUCAAACCGUCGAAAAUAUCCUCUCUGUGAUCGGUAUAUCGAAGUCAUCAAUGAAACUUUGACAGGCGAAGUCUUGUUAGAUGAAGCCCUCAAAAUGAUGAAAGUAAGUGAAAAGAUGAGCGUAUCAAGUUGGAUUGAUCUGAUGAGUGGUGAGACUUGGAAUGUCAUGAAGAUCGGGUAUCAAUUAAAGCAAGUGCGUGAACGUUUAGCUAAAGGCUUGGUCGAUAAAGGUGUAUUGCGUACCGAAAAGCGUAACUUUUUGCUAUUUGAUAUGGCUACGCAUCCAGUGGCAGACCCAGCUGUGAAGGAAGAGAUUAUUAAACGUGUUUGUACUAUGUUGGUCACGCGUGUCUCUCCUGCCUCUGUUGACGCUCAAUCCGAUGUCCCUCACGCCUAUGUCAGAACUGUCAGUAUGAUUUGUGCUGCUUAUGCUGCCAACGUUUUGGAAAAUGCGCUUUUGUAUUUGCAGCCAGAUUUAAGAGAGCAGGCGUUCAAUAAGGUGGAUGAACUCAUGAACGAUUAUUCCUCUUGGCCCUUCACCAGUACCAACGGUAAAGUUGAAAUACCUUCAGGUACAGAUCUUUCCUUGGAGGUUGUCGCUAGUGUAUUAAAUGUGCUUGCAAAAAUGGAUGCUAUUAAACUCCCUGAUGGCCCUCUCUUAUAA